AUGGCGCGGGCGAUUCAGGACAAGGAAGUGUCUGCGGUGGAACUGGUGGAGGCGCACCUGGCGCGGAUCGAGGAAGUGAACCCUACGAUCAACGCAGUUGUGAAGCUUGCGGCGGAACGGGCACGCGCAGAGGCGGCUGAAGCGGACGCCGCGCUUGCCAGAGGCGAGAGCAAGGGUGCGCUUCAUGGCGUGCCUUUCACGCUGAAGGAUUCGAUUGACACCGAGGGCAUCAUCACGACGGGCGGGACGCUGGGGAGGUCUGAGUUCGUGCCUGAUGCUGAUGCCACGGUUGCGGCGCGGUUGCGAGCUGCGGGCGGCAUUCUGCUAGGCAAGUCGAAUACGCCGGAGCUUACGCUUGCCGCCGAGACGGAUAACCUUGUGUACGGGCGGACGAACAACCCGUUCAAUGUGGAUCGUACGACCGGAGGGUAG